UUGGUAAGAAUGUGGCGUUAUUGUCACGGUAAUGGCCUGGACUCCAAGGGCCUCGGAUAUCCACAUUACUAUUGCUACAAAAUGCAAAGAGACAGGGAGAACAAUCGACGCAUUCCCUGAAAUUCUGCUUGCUGCCUGUUGUGAAAACUGCUGUCGGUCUUGCUCCACCGGCGUCCCUUGGCGUCGCCUGUACCCUGCCGCAGUGGAUCGGAUCUAGAUCGCAGCUGUCAUUAGUAUUACUCACCUUCCGCUGGACGCAGGCGGCUGGUUCCCAAAAAUAAGUAACAGACUGAGCGAUGGAUACCCGACAGCAGCUGCAAUAUUUGGAUGCGAUGCUUAAUUUUCCCCCUGAACAGAGCGCCUGGGAAUGUAACGCGGGCAACACUGUCCUGGUCAAUCACGGCGACGACAACUGGUGUUUAGCGUACAUUCAGGAUAUUCACGAAGGCAGUUUCCUGUUGAACUACAUCACGGAUCGCACUACGACUCGCUGGGUUCACUCGAAGUACGUCUGGCCGCAUCUUCUUAUCGACUGUCAACCGGCGGACAACCCCGUUUACGUGGCUGUACGCAACGAAUUUAGCGGACGUUUCGUCUUCCGUUCGGCGCGUUUGGUUGCCGUUCAUCAGCGCGAGAACGAUGAUUUCCAAUUGUACCAUGUACGGUUAGAUAUCGCGGGAGACGAUGGUCAGCUAACAACCCUGUGCCGGGUUGUCCAUCAUUUUCAGCUGGUGGAACGUUUGCCGGGUGGUGACGAGCCGUCGUUUGCGGAUCGUAUCGCAUUGCCGAAGUACGCUAAAUUUCAAAUGCACUACCCGGCGCCAGGUCCGGACGAUGUAUUCGGAUGGGACUAUCAGCGUUGCACUAUGUACCGGGGCGCUUUCUGGAACGUGAUCACUGGACUGUGCCGAUACUAUUUACAAAUCAGUACUACUGGUACUCGCUUCAUCCUCUGGCAGACCCGCGAUAAUGGAAGGGAGAUACAGGAGCGCGCUGAUUCGUACGGCAGAGGAUUCUUUAGAUAUUCCAAGAGAACCCACAACCCCUCGGAACGGAACGAGCAACUGGAAGUCGUCUUUUCAGGUGACGCAUGCCUAACCGAAGAAACAGAGUUUUGCAUUACCGAUCUUGCAAAUGAAGUAUUCACGAUGAUAUUUCAGGAGCUGGAUGCACAGUCGCAAGUGCGACUCAAACGGGUAUGCAGACUGUGGUACGCCGUCAGUGAAUGUUUUGCUGAUACGAACGUCCAUAUCACACUGAAUGUCGAAAAUUUCCACACGUUUCCACACAGCUGGCAUCGGAAUCAUUAUCGGUUUGCUGUGCUACUCGAUAAAGUUCUGCACAAGCGUAUCAAAGUGGUGUCACUGGUGGUUAAUGCCGAUCCACGAGUCAGCAUAACGGAUCAUGUGGACCUCGUCAUUUCCAUGAUGCAGUUGCGAAACAUCCAGAACUAUAUGAUCCGUGCGAAGAACCGGAAAAUUACUAUCCCCGUCAACUGCGUACCGGGAGAGAUUGCUUCCAGCAUUUUCGCCGGUUUUCGGGAGGAAGCCGGAACUGUCGGAGAAAUCCAGUGUUUGCAGUGUACGCCGACGGAUGCCGACCGACAGAAACUGAUGGCGGAUACUUCCACGGUGUACAGAGACGGUCUGCGUUUGCUGCAAACGUUAAGCACACGGAUUACGACCGGCGAGGAACUGGCCGAGGUGGCGGCCAGGUAUACAUUGCCGAUUUCAGUGCAAAAUGUAACAAAGAGCUAUCCACAGCGCACUUAUCUCCUGCGCAUACCCACUUCAGAGUCCUGAAGUCGACCAAGCGGACACAGCUGACGAAUACCUAACUUUGUUUGCUGUUUUGCAUUUCACUUGUUAACACGAAUACUUACCUGCGUGGUUGUAAGCAUGUUUCCAUCUAUGAUAUCAGAUAAAUAACAAUAUUCGUUUGCCUCUGUUUGGUUUUUAGCAGUGAACUCAAGGCCGAGCUGGGCAAACUGUUUUUCAUUUGCAUAUGCACAAACGUUUUCUCAGGCCGAAAGCGUCCUGAAAAUUGU